UUUUAUUUAGUUUCUGAUCGGCACGCGGUCGGCGCGGACGUCGGCGCGCCCUCUAUCUGUCAUUGGACAGAAACUCGCAAAACAUUCGCCAAUGUGUUUCAAUACAACAGUACAAAAUUCAUGAGACAAAAUGUUUAGGUCACAGUGUUUACUCGCGUUGUUUGCACUUUCCAUCGGCUAUGUUAAUUCCUGGGAUAUCGCGCUAACCACAGGGGACCAAAUAGAAUUCUACAGUGAUGGAAAAACAACUGACGAUAAAGGUGUUAAGUCUGCAGGACUCACCGCUCUAGCAUAUGAUGCAGUCCACAACAUGCUGCUCUUCGUCGACAAACAAAGCGACAAUGCAUCAAUUUUUGGUCAACAUUUAACAACAAACAAACUCCUACCUCUAGUUAGAAGAAAGAUCUACGAAGACAUCCAAGGUCUUGCCUUUGAUCCAAUUUCCAAAAAACUGUUCUGGACAGAUAAAUACGAUAAAAGCAUCUACUGGAAAUCUCUCAAGCCAGGGUCCAAAGACGACGUCUACGGAAAACUUCUGUUCAAAUUUGAUAAUGAAAUACCAAGAGCUAUUGCUGUGGAUAGCUGUAGAGGAUACAUUUACUGGACCAACAUAAACAUCAGCAAGCCGACAAUAGAGAGAGCACGUCUCGACGGUUCAGACAGACAAGUCGUCGUAAACAGCGGCAUAUUCAUGCCAGUGAGCAUAACCAUCGACCAGAAGGCUAGGAAAAUUUACUGGGCUGACGACAAAGAAGGCAUCCACUACUCCAUUGAAAGUGCAGAUCUAGACGGGAAAAACCAAGAGACUGUAGUGCUAGGCACUAAUCAUAGCCCUAAUGCUUUAGCGGUAUCUAAAGACAAUCUUUAUUGGAUUGAUUGGGGCUACUCGAAAGUUUGGAAGCUGCCCAAAACGACAAGAGAAAGCAAAGAUAAGGUGGAGCCAGUACAGUUAUUCUCUUUCGUUGGUACGCCUUUUGGCAUCGUAGCUAAUUACUCUAUAGCUGAUCAGACUGAAGGGAUUGAAGAAUGUCAAGCGUUGCACAGACUUUCGGUGAACCAAUCGGUUAUAAACGAUUCCUUCGACAUCCCUACCGACGCUGGGGUGUUGUGCUUGCAUGGAGUAAAGGUGCCUGGAAAGUCGGAAUGUAAAUGUUCUCGAGGAUACACUGGAGAGCGUUGUGAGAUGUCAGUUUGUCAGAACUAUUGUCUACACGGUGAAUGUUCUGUGACGCCUGAAGGUCAAGCUAAAUGCAGUUGUAAAGAAGGCUUCGCUGGUGCCCGUUGCGAGGUCGACAUCUGCAACAACAGAUGUUUAAACAAUGGGCGAUGUGUGGUGAAGGAAUCUAUACCAGUGUGUCAAUGCAUUGAGGACUUCAAGGGAGAACGAUGCGAAAUUGAAAGGGAUAAUAACGUAGUCCCAGUAGCAACUAGCGAUCGGAAGGAAGAAAGUUGCAACUGUUCAAACAACAACACAUCUCCGAAGCUCGCAGCGUCUGAGAACCUUAUCGCAAAUGAUGGAGACUUCGUCGAGACCUGCAACAAUGGAUGGGACCCGCUGCGGGACCCCAUUAUCAUGGUCUUGGGAACCUUAAGCGGGCUUCUGUGUGUGGCCUGUGCUUUCCUCAUCACCAAAGUCUUGCAGCUGAAGAAACGGCCGAGGAUCAAGAAACGAAUAAUAGUCCAGAAAAACUCAACGCCGCUCACCGCAAGGCCGGACCAGUGUGAGAUCACCAUUGAAAACUGCUGUAACAUGAACAUAUGCGAAACUGUAAAUAUGCUUCAACGGGACUUCGUCGACAUUUAGGCUGGGGUUACACAAGCCCUGUUUCGAGCCAAGAUCAACUAUUCGACCAAGCCUCCUUGACGCGAAACCCGGUAAAGAAGAGAAGAAGAACCUGAUCAGCAACAUGGAACUCCCGGACGACUACUGAAACACGCCGGCCGACCCCGGAUACAACCGGAACUCCGGAACCGGACGGCCCUAACAUAUCGCUGUUACGUACAAUGCGGCAAUACCCAAAGUUUACAUGUGAUAUUCGAUGUAGGUAAAAUCGACUUCCAUUUUUGAAUUGAAUUGGCUGUCGUAGGACUGUUUAAUCUUUGUCCAUGGCUAGGUUUUUUAAGGUUUGAAAUGAGUUUUCUUUAUAACGUGUACACAUAAAAUGUAACAAUAAAUUCGUGUAAGUAAUUUCAAUAAUAUUAUAAAUUUUCCGUUUUAUACAAUUUCUAGAGUAUUUCAAAGCCCUCCAAGAAGAAUUUUAUCAACUUUAUAAGCUAUGUGCAAAGUUCGGAACUGUUGACACAUUGAUUUUAUUUGAGGGCCAUUGAAGAAAAGUAUAAUACGUCUAAUACAGAAAAAGUAUAAAAUGAAUAUUCUUCAUGUGAUUCUAAAAUAACAUAAUUACUUUACCUAAAUAUACAUUAGGUCGUUGGGCGCCAAUGUAUUUUUGCACCGAAUAACAAAAAUUUAAAAUUAUAUUAAGCACACGUACGUAUUUUGUGUUUACAUGUUCUAAAGAAAUUCGCAUUGGGUGUUUGGAACCAUUUAAAAAUAACGUGUUUUGAUAAGAUUCUCCGUAAUGCUUUAAAUGUUAGCAAUAUUCACACAGUGCCUUGUUAUAAUGCAAAUAAUAUAUAAUAUGCCUAAAUAAAGGUAGGUAUCUAAAAGAUAAUAAAAAACGUGUUAUGUUCAGAAUCACUGCUUUUGACUGCUAUAGAUAGUAAAAAUAUGUGACGUUACAACUCUACAUCUUAUCGAAACACGUUACAUCAGCUGAAACAUUUUAUCAAUCAAUUGGUAUUUUUUAUCAGCUAAAGAGUAGCUACAAAAAGUGCCAAAUUUUAGUUUUAUUUAUUUAAUUGGCUCCAGAAAAUGAAGCAUUUAUAGAUUAAAUUUUAUAUGAAAUGUGUAUGAACCAAAUUGUACGCAAAAGUUCCGUGUUUUGUAAAAAUAUGGGACCCAAGUGAUGAGCGUUACCAUAUGAAAAGUUGAUUAAUUUUAUUUACUUACUUGACUAUGAUGCUGUUUUUCGUUCCUAUAUGCUGCUCGUUCACUUGAACGGAAGAUUUUUUCUUCAUAUUAAUUGCUAUAAAAAUGUGCUCGGGUGACUUUCAAAACACCUGCUUGCCGAACUUCAUGUGACGUCACGAAUCGGGGAGCGCCAUCUUGGCUGCUUACGCAAUACGACAGAAUCAAAUAGAUGCUCGAUUUGCUCCAAUCUGAAUAUCAAGCCAAUAUCACUAGUGUUACCACAAAAACAUCCUAGAAUCGUUUGUCUUUUUGAAAAUACCCAGUUAGAAUACACAUAAGUUGGUAACGUACAUAAGUUCCAACAGGAUAUUUGCAAAAAGCCAAAAGAUUUUUUGCUGUGUCACUAAUGAUGUUCCGUGCUCUGUAACUCACCCGUUCACAAGAUCGGCAACUCAAUGCCGGACGUACGAAAAAUGCGGAUUUACGAGUUGCUUUGAGCCACGUCCGGCAUUGAGUUGCCGAUUGAGUUCCUGAGUGUCCGCACACUCAGGACGGUCCCCCCGCUCAGAUUCCGCUCAACUGGACGCGCAAUUUUAAUUUGACUUUUCUUAAUCCUGCCAAUCUAUUGUUUUAUUUUCAUUUCUAUUGUGUAUUUUUGUCUUAGUUUAUGUCUCGUUCAGUUGUGUUUUUCCGUGAAAUCCUACGUAAUCCUUGUUGACUAAUUCUAAAUGUUUUACGAGUAAAAAAUUGAAAUUAUUUUUUUGGGUACUGAAAUUGAUAAUUUAGUACAUUAAUUUACUAACAAAUCGACAUCUUUUCACUGCCUAAUUACAUUUAAUAUCUAAUAUGGAAAUAUAUAUAAUAUAUCUUAUGCAUAUAACUAGCGAAAAUGCGAACUUGAUAAACGAUUUCAGUACCUAAAGAAAAUAAGAUGCUAGAUGUACGAACUAAUGAAUACUCUAUCGUCAUAAAAUAAAGAAUAUUUUGAGUACAUUUUAUGUAAACACAAUUUGUACUACUCAAUGUACUUACGUGAUAAUAAGAGUAUUCAAAAGUUCAUUAAAUUCUCAGUGCAGAAUGAAAGGUUGUAUACUUAAUUAUUAUUUUCAAAGGUGCCUCUACUUUGGAUUAGUUUAAGAUUUCGAAACAAUUUGAAAAACUAGUUUAAGUUUUACGUUCCUAUAUUUAAAUAUUAAAUAUUUAUUUAAAAUAAUAACAAUAAACUUGUAGCCGAUUUGAGGCACAAAUGCUUAUGUAGAAUCUCACUUAAUAAAAGUACUUAUUCAAAAUUUUAUUAUCCUAUUGUGGGGAACUUGAUUAAUGAUUAUUAUAAAUUAAGUAUUAGCUCAUUAUUAUGUUUUAAAAAAGACCCCCAAAUAUUUAAUCAUAAUUUACACGAGUGAGCAUUCCGUCUUAUUAUAGAUUUGUGAAAAUAUAAAAGGGAAAAUAUAACCCUCUCGCUCGCUCUCUUAAGUUGUCCUAAAAGUGCAAGUGAGAAGCAUAGAUUCAUCCUUAUAACGGUUGUAAAAUUGUCAAGAAUAAAACAAACAGACUGUUUAUUUUUAUCUUGAGGAGGCACUAAAAUUACACCAAAUUUAAAUUCAUUUAUUUGGUUUUACAUCUGGGGCCAUUUUUAAAUUGUGAGUUGCAAUUUUACAAAGUUUUAUGUUAUUGUAAAAAUCAUAACCGAAGUCCGCUAUUAGUUUUCUUAACGUCAUAGUAACAUGGUUUAAUUUUCCUUACCUGGCUACAGUUUACUAUGAGUCCGCGGCUGUCAUAAUGGGCUCCUCCCGUGAUUUCAACAAUAAUUGGCAACAUUGGUUAUACCAUAGACAAAAAAAUCACAGAUAAUAAAAUCGUAUCGCCAUAAUUCCGUCACAAACAUGUCUAGGGACUAACAAAGAUAUAUUUUCAUAUAAGUCCCUUAUCACGGAGGUACUAGAACUUUGUCUUAGUGUCUAUGGAAAAGUCUAUAAACAAUGUUGCCAAUAAACCUGUGAAAUUGACACUCGUAAUUUUUUGUGGUACUCGGCGGUACUUAGACAUGUAGUUAUAGGGAGUUAGUGUAUAAUUUUCUAGUUUUCUAGCUUAGUUCGUGGAUUAAUAAUAUCCACAUCAGAAAUGUGAUAUUAUUGAGUCUUUGUAUAAGCCUCCAUUAGGGAAAUUAAGUUUAAUAAUAAAAAUGCUUUGCAAAAA